AUGGCCGCUCGGAGACAGACCGAGAUUACUCUCAUGCUCAUGGAUCUUGCCGAGAAGAUCCAAGUCAACGUCUGGGCUCUCGGAGACACCUACAAAUCCUUUCUUAAGAAAUUGGGCGAGAACGAUCCGGCACAGCUGGUUGGCAAUACGGCGGUUCAGGAGAUCGAGCCUUUGAUGCUCAAAUACUGCAGGAAACUCGAAUUUGGAGACGACUCCUUCCGGGUCGCUGCGGAUGCUUGUAAAAUCCUCAAACGGAUGAAGCGCGACUGGAUGGUACAAGGCCGCCAGCCUGCAGGUCUUUGCGGGGCUUGCAUUAUUCUCGCCGCACGUAUGAACAAUUUCCGACGCACCGUUCGAGAGGUCGUCUACGUCGUCAAGGUUGCAGAUUCAACAAUCAACUCCCGUCUGUAUGAAUAUAAACAGACACCCAGUUCCGUCCUGACUAUCAAUCAAUUUCGCGAAUUUGGCCAGCGCUUGAAGGUCACUACACAACCCCCCGCUAUUUGGAGACGUGAGCAGAAGGAAGAACGCAAGGAGAAACGCAAGCGGGUCCAGCUGCACGAAGACAGCGCAGCGGCUCUAGAAGAAUCGGACAGCAGCGAGAUGGAGGCCGGCCCAAGCACUACACCUGCAAGGACCAGCAAGCGCUGUAAGCAGAACAAUGGUAUUUCACAACGCGCUCCUUCACAGGGUGAGGCUUCCGGAGUUCCACUUGUCAGCGACGCCGAUCUUGGUGAUGGCGGCCUUGACGGCAACGACGAAAACCUGAUAGACUCGCUAGAUGCUGCCAUGGAGGACGCUGAAGAGGGGGUCCCGGAAGACGAAGCCUUCGUCAUGCCCAAGAAGCGAGGUCGACCUAGGAAGCGAGAGAUGGUAGUCAUCGCGCCAGAGGACCUCGAAAUUGAGCAGGAAAAUCGAAUCAAAGACUGGGAAUCUAUCUUCAAGGAGUUCACCGAGAACGAGAACCACCCGUUGUUGAAAGGCUUCCGACUGGACCGCGCAACAAAUGGGCGCGCGCACACCUCGACCAACGCGACAUUCCAGUGA